GGAAGUGAGGCGUGAAGAGAGCUCUUCUUCCCCUCAGGGGGGGCAGCCAGGCAGCCAGGCGAAGGAGGCAGGCACCGGUCGCCCAUUUAUUGUCACAUUGCAUCCAUUUGCAGGGCGCUCAGGGGAGCCUUUGGUUGCGAGGAGGAGGCGUUUGCAGCGGAUAUCCCCAACUUUUCAACAGUGUUGCGCCUCUGCUGCCGAGGAAAGGGUGUGUGUGUGUGUGUGUGUGUGUGUGUGUGUGUGUUGUUUCUGUGUGUGGAAAGCCAUGACGGAUUACAAAAGGAGCUGCACGGGGGUCAGCAGAAGCAGCCCCUCUGGACUGAGUCUGGGGUAAAGGAGGGAAGAGAGAGCAAGGAAGGCUGUCUGCUCUAACAGCCAAAUGCAUUAAGAGUUGCUGAACAUGCCUCGGAGUCCAACAUCAAGUGAAGAUGAGAUGGCUCAGAGUUUUUCGGAUUAUUCAGUGGAAUCUGAAUCUGACAGCUCCAAAGAAGAAACCAUUUAUGAUACUAUCCGGGCCACAGCAGAAAAGCCAAGCAGCAGGAUGGAGGAUGCCCAGAACAACACAUUAGUGAUACGGAUUAUCAUACCUGACCUUCAGCAAACGAAAUGUAUUAGAUUCAAUCCUGAAGCAUCAGUCUGGGUAGCAAAACAACGAAUUCUUUGCACAUUGAAUCAAAGCUUGAAAGACGUUCUAAAUUAUGGCUUGUUCCAGCCUGCAAACAAUGGGAGAGAUGGGAAAUUUUUGGAUGAGGAAAGACUUCUUAUGGAAUACCCUCAACCUGUAAAUAAGGGAGUUCCAUCCUUGGAGUUUCGGUACAAGAAGAGAGUAUACAGGCAAUUGAAUCUUGAUGAAAAGCAGCUAGCUAAGCUCCAUACCAAGACUAAUUUUCGAAAAUUUAUGGACCAUGUUCAUCACCUCUCAGUAGAAAAAUUAACAAAGAUGUUGGACCGAGGACUUGAUCCAAACUAUCAUGACUUAGAAACAGGAGAAACCCCACUGACUUUGGCAGCUCAGCUUAACAACAGUGUGGAAGUGAUCAAAGCUCUGAAAAAUGGAGGAGCCCACUUAGAUUUCAGAGCCAAGGAUGGCAUGACAGCAUUACACAAAGCAGCUAGAGCCAAGAACCAAAUCAUUCUGAAGACCCUCUUAGAGCUUGGAGCAUCUCCCAACUACAAAGAUAGCUGUGGGCUGACACCACUAUAUCACACUGCUGUUGUUGGAGGUGACCCAUACUGUUGUGAGCUAUUACUUCAUGAACAUGCUACUGUUGGCUGCAAGGAUGAAAAUGGAUGGCAAGAGAUUCACCAGGCUUGUCGAUAUGGACAUGUCCAGCAUUUAGAACAUUUUCUGUUUUAUGGAGCCGAUAUGGGAGCACAAAAUGCUUCUGGAAACACAGCAUUGCAUAUCUGUGCACUUUACAAUCAGGACACUUGUGCUAGAGUUCUGUUGUUACGAGGAGCCAAUAAGGAGUUAAAGAACUAUAACAGUCAGUCUCCAUUUCAGGUGGCAAUAAUUGCUGGAAAUUUUGAACUUGCUGAAUACAUCAAGAAUCACAAGGAAACUGACAUUGUGCCAUUUAGAGAGGCUCCUACUUAUUCGAAUAGAAGACGGAGGCCCCAAAGUACCUUGGCAACACCUCGUGUCUUGCUUCGAUCCAACAGCGAUAACAAUCUGAACAUCAACGUUCCUGAUUGGUCAGCCUCUUCUUUAGCUUCUUCACACCGUAGCCUUUCACCACACCUACUGCAACAGAUGCAGAACAAUCCCAAUGGAACUGUGAGAACAGUUGGGAGCUACACUUCAUCCUCUCGGAGCCGCUCACCAUCAUUAAAUAGGUUAGGAGAGGAUGCAAAACGGCAGCAACACCGGCAUGUCAGUGCCAGUUAUAACCCCAGUGCCAACAAGGAUAUUAUAUCUGCCUUGGAAUAUCAGGGUACAAAACGCAAACUUUACAGUGCUGUACCUGGAAGACUGUUUAUUGUCGUGAAGCCAUAUCAACCUCAAGGAGAAGGGGAGAUUCAUUUGCACAAAGGGGACAGGGUAAAAGUUUUGAGCAUUGGUGAAGGCGGAUUCUGGGAAGGCAGCACUCGAGGACACAUUGGAUGGUUUCCUGCAGAAUGUGUUGAGGAAGUACAGUGUAAACCAAAUGAAAGCAAACCAGAAACUCGAGCUGAUAGAACAAAGAAAUUGUUUAGACAUUAUACUGUUGGAUCAUAUGACAGCUUUGAUGCUUCAAGUGACUGCAUUAUAGAAGAAAAGGCAGUGGUCCUGCAGAAAAAAGACAAUGAAGGAUUUGGGUUUGUGCUCAGAGGGGCCAAAGCUGAUACACCUAUUGAAGAAUUCACCCCAACUCCAGCCUUUCCUGCUUUGCAGUAUCUGGAAUCAGUGGAUGAAGGCGGGGUAGCAUGGCAAGCUGGUUUAAGAACAGGAGACUUUUUGAUUGAGGUUAAUAAUGAAAAUGUAGUAAAAGUUGGCCACAGGCAGGUGGUAAACAUGAUUCGGCAAGGAGGAAAUCACUUAGUACUUAAAGUUGUCACAGUAACGAGGAAUCUUGAUCCAGAUGACACAGCCAGAAAAAAAGCCCCACCACCUCCAAAGCGGGCUCCAACCACUGCACUGACCUUGCGGUCUAAGUCAAUGACCUCAGAGCUUGAAGAGCUUGUGGAUAAAGCUUCAGUACGGAAGAAGAAGGAUAUUUUCCCUUCACAUUUUGAAGGUUUGAAGAAGAGGAUUGUUUUUCGAGUCACACUAAAUAAAGUCGAUGAAAUAGUACCAGUUUCCAAGCCAUCAAGAAUUCCAGACAAUGCAGGUGUAGACUCAAGAGUGGCAACAAUUAAGCAACGACCUUCUAGUAGAUGUUUUCCCUCAGCUACAGAUAUGAAUUCCAUGUAUGAUAGACAAGGAAUUGCUGUGAUGCCACCUACAGUACCUGGGAGUACACAAGGCCCAUUUCUGGGUGUACCACGAGGUACAGUAAGAAGACAAAAAUCAAUAGGGAUAACAGAGGAAGAACGGCAAUUUUUGGCUCCCCCCAUGCUAAAAUUUACUAGAAGUCUAUCCAUGCCAGACACCUCUGAAGAUAUCCCUCCUCCACCACAGUCUUUACCUCCAUCACCACCACCUCCUUCUCCUUCUCUUUACAACUCUCCCAAAUCUCCAAUGGCUAGAAUAUAUGGAACAAUUAAGCCUGCAUUUAAUCAGAAUUCAGGUUCAAAGAUAGCUGUUUCAGGUAGAUCUGAAAAUAUGGGGACAGUGAUAAGGGACAAAGGCAUAUAUUACCGGAGAGAGAUGGACCGUUAUUCUCUAGAUUCUGAGGACUUAUAUAGCAGAAAUGCCGCAACUCAGGCAAGCUUCAGAAACAAGAGAGGUCAGAUGCCGGAAAACCCAUACUCUGAAGUUGGAAAAAUAGCAAGCAAAGCAGUGUAUGUCCCAGCCAAGCCAGCGAGACGGAAGGGAAUGCUAGUGAAGCAAUCUAAUGUUGAGGAUAGUCCAGAAAAAACCUGCUCCAUUCCAAUUCCCACCAUCAUUGUUAAAGAGCCAUCUACCAGCAGUAGUGGGAAAAGUAGUCAAGGAAGCAGCAUGGAAAUUGACCCACAAUCUUCAGAGCAACCAGGACAGCUCAGACCUGAAGAUAACUUGACUGUCAGUAGUCCAUUUGCAGCAGCCAUUGCUGGAGCAGUGAGGGACAGGGAGAAAAGAUUAGAAGCCAGGCGUAACUCUCCAGCUUUCCUUUCCACAGAUUUGGGUGAUGAGGAUGUUGGUUUAACACCUCCAACACCACGUAUGAGACAGUCUAAGUUUAGUGAUGAGGGAAUGUUUAGUAAUGAAGACAGUUUUAGGCAACUUGUUUCACAGUCUCCUAUCCCAGCACCUAGAGAGUCUGAAAAUAUUUUCAAUAGUAGUGAAUCAAGUAAUCAGAGUGAUGCAAGGAUACCAAAUUCUUCAGCCCAAACAACAAUGGGUUCGGAAAACAAUGCAUUGGCAACUCAGAAUGCUGGUAUGUCCGGUUUGGAUAACUAUGUUCAUCCACUCACAGGGAAAUUACUGGAUCCAAAUUCACCUUUAGCCCUUGCCCUUUCGGCCAGAGAUAGAGCGAUGAAAGAGCAAACCCAACAAAUUCCAGGAAAAGGAGAAUCUGGCAAAGCGGACCUUAAUAAACCCCUUUACAUUGAUACAAAGAUGAGAUCCAAUAUUGAAGCUUCAUUUCCAGUGACAGCUACCAUUGCUAGGCAAAACACACGUGGUCCCCUAAGAAGACAGGAGACGGAGAACAAAUAUGAGAUAGAUAUGUCAAAAGAGAGGAGGCCAGAAGAAAAGAAGAACAUGCUGAUAAACAUUGUGGAUACCUCACAACAGAAAACAGCUGGUUUGCUCAUGGUUCAUACAGUAGACACAGCUCAGUCUAGCAAUAUGCCUGAAAGUGAAGAGGAAAGUGCUGAGACAGAUGUAAAUACUGAAAAGCCUCCACCAGAAAUGCAGGAAAGCACAGAAACAGCAGAAAGUGGACUAGAUGAUACUGUCAUGCCUGAGCCACCUGCAUCUCCUUGCAAAACAAUUGUAGCUGUUGGAUCUGUUGAUGAGCCUAUUAUUUUGCCAUUCCGUAUCCCUCCACCUCCUUUAGCAUCUGUUGAUCUUGAUGAAGAUUUCAUCUUUACUGAGCCAUUACCUCCUCCUUUAGAAUUUGCUAACAGUUUUGAUAUCCCUGAUGACCAUACAGUUCCAGGCUCUGCACUAACAGACUUGCUGAAACAGAGAAAAAAUGGAACUCCAUCAACUUCAUUCAAUCCCAUUCAGCCCUCAAAUUCAAUAGACAGUAAGAAAUCAGCGGGUCUUUCAAACUGUAUGCCUGCCUCUUUUUUACCACCCCCUGAAAAUUUUGAUAAUGUCACUGACUCUGGGAUUGAAGAGGUGGACAGUCGAAGCGGUAGUGACCAUCACCUAGAGACAACCAGCACUAUCUCAACUGUGUCCAGUAUCUCUACCUUAUCUUCUGAAGGUGGUGAGAACUUGGAUACUUGUACUGUCUAUGCAGAUGGGCAAACAUUUCUGGUGGACAAACCCCCAGUACCUCCUAAGCCAAAAAUGAAGCCCAUAAUCAACAAAAGCAAUGCACUUUACAAGGAUGCGCUAAUUGAAGAAACUGUAGAUAGUUUUGUUAUUCCUCCACCUGCUCCACCCCCACCUCCUAUCAGCGCACAGCCCGGUAUGGCUAAAGUUGUACAGCAAAGAACUUCUAAGCUAUGGGGUGAUGUAACGGAGGUUAAAAGCCCAGUUCUCUCAGGCCCAAAGGCUAAUGUUAUUAGUGAAUUGAACUCAAUACUACAACAAAUGAACAGAGAGAAAUCCUCAAAGCCAGGGGAAGGAAUGGAGUCACCUACAGGAACAAAAGCUGCAAGUCUUAGUACAAGGAGCACAGACGUCAUGAGCACUGUCUCAGGUACACGAAGUUCAACCAUCACUUUUACUGUCCGGCCUGGGACUAGCCAGCCAAUCUCUCUGCAGAGCAGAUCCCCAGACUAUGACAGUAGGACAUCAGGAGUAAGACAUGCUCCAAGCCCAGUGGCUUCACCCACAGAGAUAAGUAAAGACAUCAUGCCAGCUCCUCUGACUGCUGCUGCUGCUCCAGUUGCAUCUCCUUCUCCAACUCUUUCUGAUGUUUUUAGCCUACCCAGCCAGCCUCCUUCUGGGGACCUCUUUGCUUUGAACACAGGGCGCAGCAGGUCUCCUUCUCCCUCCAUAUUGCAACAGCCAAUCUCAAAUAAGCCUUUUACAACUAAGCCUGUCCACCUGUGGACUAAACCAGAUGUGGCAGAUUGGUUGGAAAGUUUAAACUUAGGUGAACAUAAAGAGACCUUUAUGGAUAAUGAAAUAGAUGGCACUCACUUACCAAACCUUCAGAAGGAAGACUUGAUAGACCUUGGAGUGACUAGAGUUGGUCACCGAAUGAACAUAGAAAGAGCCUUGAAACUGCUGUUGGACAGAUAAGAAUGGCUGCUCUUGCCUCACAAACCUUUGUUAUAAAUAGAGAUAGGCUGGUACUGAAACACCCCAAAUGCCUUGGCUCCCCAAGCGUACCAUCAAUUUAAAGCAUCAGUCAGUCCCUGUAGUUUCGGAUUUGCAGCAAUGCAUAUUGUAAGUUUAGCACCCAGGAGCAACCUCAGGUAAAUUCACAUAAAUGGGACCAUAUGUAUCAAAAAGGGAGGGGGACAGUGGGAGAAGGAAUAAGGAAAGUAAAAAAUUGCUAACUUUUUUAAAAAAAAAACAUUCUGCUCAUACUGAUUUUUUUUCUAAAAAUCUCCCCCUUCCCCUCAUUUUUGUUUAACUGCUGGGGGUUCACACAUACUCACAAUAUUAAUCUUUUUGUAUUUGUGAAAUGGUUUUCAGCCCUUUGGCAUGCCCUUUUGCUUGAACACCAGUGUUAGUUUCUUUUCAGUUUGAAACUCACAGGUGUGUCUCCUUGCACAAUGAAGUCUUAUGCCCAGCACUAUUUUGUAAUCUCUGCUUCCCCCACCACUGCACUUGACCAUUACACUAGUGCCCAUGCACCUGUAAGUUAACUUCUCAGUGGAUUUUCCCAUUCUGAUUUCCAGUCCUGCCAAUUGGUGUUUCAUUCUAAACAUCAGAUUUUCAUGCUGUACUUACUGCAUUGAAUUAAACGUUAAGUUCAUAGAGUCAUUAAGCCAGAGAUUUCAAACAUUCUUUUGUGACAUCUUUUGGAUCAGAUGAUGAUGUUUCUUGGUUUCUCAGUAAUGAAAGUAGUUCUUGUCUUCCAGUAUAUCUUUGUUGCUUGAAUUUUUAAGUCUUUAUUUUUCCAUUUAUGUUUAGUGUGUCUCAAAGUUGCCAGAAAACUUUCAUGCAUGCUUCCUUUUCUUAUAUAAUGCAGUAGAACCUGUGGAAGCUAAGAGAUCUUUCCUAGCUAUCUUAAACAGGAAAUCAACAUUUUUGAAGAUUGGAAUGAAAAGCAUUUGUUCUCAGAUAAUUCAAUUCAGAUGUAUUCAACUCUUUAUAUUUAAUUUACAUAGCAGAUUAGUAUUUUAAUGUGACAUUUACUGUCACAUUUUCAAAGUAGUAAACAACAUCAAAUCUGUUUUCUUCCACCUUUCUAUCUUUUAAUUGCUCUGAAAAUAUGGAACCAGAGAUGUGUGGCAGGAAACAGCUUUUACAGGUUUCUAGUAUAAAAGAGGUGAACAUUUGUUACAAUGGCUGCAAUUCAGAGAUCCUCAAACAGGAAUGGGAUACUGGCCCACUGCUACACUCUAGGCCUUUCCUCCUGUAUGUCAACCCAAAGAAAAGGACUUGACCAGCAUGUGGUCAAGGCAGGGACAGGUAAUAUGAUUUGGUGUCCCUAACUUAAACAGGUAAUCGAAGUUGUUGAUUUUUUGCUUUCCCUUCUCCCCAUCCUGCACAGUUAGUUCCACUACUUAAAGAGGAUUUCAUAUAGAGAAGCGCGUUUUUAUGUAUAGAUUCUUCUUUUUGGAUCAAAGUGAUCACACAUGGCAUGAGGCUCAAUUAUAGCUGUGAUUUAAAAAUCCAUAAAAACAAAUCGUAUGUGGAUGCACAAACUCUUACACAAGCUAUGGAAAAAAUAAACUGUGUGCAGAAGGGGCUUCUCCAGCUUGAAGAGGAUCUUUGGAUGCAGCCUUAUCACCCUCACCUACAUGAGAAAACUCAACAUUGCUGAAGCCACCCAGCAAAAGCCUGUUUUCACAUGCAGAUGUGUAUUGUUAGGUCUUUGCUUGGGUCUCUUGUUGUUUAAAAGUUAUUUCCUGUGGUCUUAAAGAAACAAAAUUAAAAUGUAAACAUUGUGUAUGUUCUCGGAAGUAGUUUUAUGCAAAUGAUGGGUCUCUGUUACAGAUGCCAGGGGCACCUUUUGUGAUAGCUGGAAUCAAGACUCUAGUAACUGGAAUCAGUUUUAAAAAGUCAAAAAUUUAUAAAAUCUUAAGAAUCCAGCAGUUCAGUUCUUCAUUACCACAUGAACUAGAGCAACAUUUCAAGAGAACAUUCUCUUUUUCAGAAGAUGUGUUUAAACAAAAACAAGUUAACAGGAGAUUUUACCCAAAGUGGAUUGGUUGGUUAUGGAGAUCAGAAUGCAUAAUUAGAAUGGCAAACUUUUGUGGUAAUACCUGUAAUUUGGUAAUGUUUAUGAAGAUUAACAGUAUCAACUUUCUCUCUUCCCCACCAUGAGCAAUGUGCAUUAGAAAUUUUGCGGUUCUUAGCUUCAUGAAGAUUUUAGCCUGCACUAAAUGACAUGUGAUUGGUUGCUCAAUUAUUAAACCACUUAAUUUUCAAAAGGCCUCAUAUUUUUGAAGGCAUCUACAUUCCUCCUAUCUACAUUACUUUCCAUGUUCCAGCCUAUCUCUAAUUAUAAUUUUAUUUUUUCACAACCAAGUGUCUAAUUAGGUCUGCAACAGCCCUAGAAUUAAUACAUAAAGUUUAGCAAUUUCAAUAUCUUUCUUUACUGCAAGUUUAAAUAGCUGUACAGAUAGUUUAUAAGCACAAUAUUUUAAGAAUAUAAGUGGCUGGUCUACUGGGCAGCCUUUGUGCCACUUCAAUGCUAGAAAUUUAAAAAAAUAAAUAAAACUUUUGUGGUUUACUACUAUUUCUGUGGAAUAAUUAUUAAGUCUUGACCUUUUUAAAUCAACCUCAUUUGGAUGCAUCUGAACCAGCAGAGCUGUGUUAUAUUUUCUAUCUUUGCUAGAACCUCUUCAGAAGAUGCGUGUUUCUUCAAACAUAGUUACAAUUAACAAUGCAGUGGUUAAUUAUGAAAAGCUAAUAUUCAUCUCUCUUGUUCUCUCUUUUCCUUCCACGCAAUCCCUGCAAAAACUGGUCUUUUGACUUAACAGCUGUUGUCCUACCCUUCACAGGUUUCUAUUUGCAUUUGAAAGUUCCAAGUAACCUUGUAAUUAAAAUCUAGUUUAAAUGUAAAAGGACUGAAAUUUCCAUAAUUACAUGGAUUUUUAUGGAAAAGAUGACAUUCACAUUUUCAGUGGCUACAAAAGGCCAUCAAAUCAUGGGGAGGGGGAGUGUAAAAAUGAAAAGAUAAUUCAGCCAUCAUUGUCUUCCAUUUGGUGAUAUUACAGAAUUCAGUAAAUAAACCACGAACGCCAUGAUACUUUUUGUUUCUUUGAAUGCAGUUGGUGUUACCUCUAUAAUAUGUGCCGGGAAAUACAGUAGGACUAAUGAUAGGACAAGAAAAUAGGAAAGAAAUACUUUUAAGCUGCUGUUAAUCAUAACCUUUUACUGUUCAAUAUUUGAUGAUGAUGUACACAAAGUUACAGGUGAUGGUAAUCUCUUCUUUAAAAGGGAUCUCUUGCAUAUGUUAUCUUUUUUCAGGCACUUAAAAAGUAGGUACAGUAUACUUAGUAGAAAAGAGAUUUAAACAUCAAAGAGCUAAUGAAAUAGUUUAUUUUUACAUUGUGUCUUAUGAUCUAAAGAGUAAUAGAGCCUGCAAGAAACAAUAACAAUAAAAUACACCAUUGCCAAGAUGAAGUAGUCUUUAGCACUGUUUGAUGGUUUUAUCACAGAAAGCAAUAGUAACAGAUACAGUGUUCCCGCCUGACAUUUUUAUCUAUUUUAAAAAUGCUGGGAGUGAGAUUGACCCUUUUAAUGUCCUGCUACUAUGAUGGUGCAAAACAAGGUGUUCAAGAUUAUAUUGUUAAUGAUAUUCCAGGUUUUAGGAACAACUUUUGUUUAUAUACUGUAAUUUAAAUAAACUGCAUUUUCAUGCCUAGUUUCUGUAAUAUUUGUGUAUACAAUACCAAAAUCACACAAGAUGUAAAUUGUGUAUAACUGCACAGACUCCUUUCCCUGGGUGUCUAGGAACAUUUAAGUUUUAAUUCAUAUAUUCUAAAAUGACUAUAUGUGACUGUUGAUUUACAGAAUUUACAUAUCACAAAAGCUAACUAUUUGUGGUACUUAAGUUUAAAAAGUGAUUUUUCUGAGUUCCUUUACAAAUAAGCAUUACCCAGUUGAUCUGGCAAUGACUCUACGUAUGAGCCUCUAAUACUGAUAAUUUUCCCAUUGCAUUUUCUUUUCUUUUCUAGAUAGUAAUGUUUUUCGCUAUGGUUUGUGUAACAACCUGUGUUCAUGUUAUCUAUGUUGCUGUAUUUUUUGUGCUUUAAUUCCUCUUAUUUCAGAUGGAUUAAAACAAAAUCAAGCUCCUGUAACUUGCACUUUCCCUACUCCUUACUACUCUUGUAUGGCAACCAAAAUUACUGUAAAAAAUAAAUAUAAUAUUGCACUAA